AUGCAUCUGAAGAACAAGUACCCCUUCGUCCAGACUCCACUUCCAUUUCGUUAUUGGUCGAUAUUGGGUCUUCAACAAGUUAUAGCUGGAGACACGCGUCCAAGGCGUGUUUUGUCCCUUCUCUUCCAACUCCGCCAACAGACGCCUACAAGAAUUACUAUGAGAAAGUACAUAGAAGAUAAGCAAGAUGACAAGAUGAUAAUACAUGCUCUGGGAACGGAUCGCAGAUAUAGAAUAUAA